AUGGACCGUAGAAGAAACUCCAGAAGAAUGCCGAAGGCUUUAGAAGAAGCGGCGAUUCAUGAGAACAAACAAAGCGAUAAGAAGAAGCGUGCAAAUCGUGUACAGUACUCCGCUACUGACCGGGGAACAAUGCCAUCGCACUGUGCUGUGUGCGGUCAUCCUUGGGGAGGCCUUACAAUAAUCGAUAGCUGCCUAGAGAUCUCAGCUGACAGCCGAGGACCUCCUAGAUCACGAUACAGUGAGACAAGGCCGCCACUGUUCCCAUCAGCUUCGAGUGCCCUUCUCAUCGAAAAGAGAACACUCGAGGAACUUGUAAUCAUUCGAGAACUGUAA